CGUUGGGGGUCAGUGGUGUGGCUGGUGGCGCUUGGAGGCCGCGGAGCCGCUCCCCGAGGGGAACCGUUCUCCCGUCAGCCCCGGACAUGGAGGCCGAGCCGGAGCCGGAGCCCGUCACCCUGCUGGUGAAGAGCCCCACCCAGCGCCACCGCGACCUGGAGCUCAGCGCGGACCGCGGCUGGACCGUCCGCCGCCUCAAGGCUCACUUGAGUCGGGUCUACCCUGAGCGUCCGCGUGAAGAGGAUCAGCGGCUUAUUUAUUCUGGGAAACUGUUGUUGGAUCACCUUUGUCUGAAGGAUGUGUUCCCCAAGCAAGAAAGACGGCAUGUUCUUCAUCUGGUUUGCAGUAACAAGAACCCACCCAAGGUGCAAGAAGCUAGUGCAGCGAUUGCUGAAGGAAGUGAGCAGUCCACCGCACUUAAUCAAGAUUCUCCUGGGGAGUCCACAAGUGAUGGUGUAAGGCACAGGGAACUACUUCACAAUGUUUCUUCACUUCCAUGGGAAGCCAACUCUAGACUUGAAGCAGUUCAGCAAGCCUUUCAAGGAAUCAGUCCUGGCUUUUCGGGAUAUCCUCCGACCUACGGUUGGCUUCAGCUCUCCUGGUUCCAGCAGAUUUACGCACGACAGUACUAUAUGCAGUACUUAGCAGCCACUUCUUCAGGUGCCUUCACACCAGCAAGUGCCCAGGAGAUCCCAGGAGUGUCGACGGCAACUCCAACAGCUAUUCACAAUCAGUUUCCUGCGGAGAACCAGCCUGCCCAUCAGAAUGCUGCUCCUCAGGUGGCCAAUCCAGGGGCCAAUCAGAAUUUGCGGAUGAAUGCGCAGGGUGGUCCCCUCGUGGAAGAGGAUGAAGAGAUGAAUCGGGACUGGUUGGAUUGGAUCUACUCAGCAACGACAUUUUCCGUUUUCCUCAGUAUCCUCUAUUUCUAUUCCUCUCUAAGCAGAUUUCUCAUGGUUAUGGGUGCCACAAUUGUUAUGUACCUGCAUCACGUUGGCUGGUUUCCAUUCAGAGAAAGGCCAGGCGGUCAUCUCCCAAAUAACAUUCCACUUCGACCAGUUAAUGUAAAUCAAGACCCGAACAAUAACUUGCAGGAGGAAAAUGGUGGCGGAGAUGGAGAACCUGAAGUCCUCCUUCCCGAAAGAGCCUUAUCUGAGGGUGAACGGCCGGGGAGCCCUUCCUUGAUGAGCACAGCCUGGAUUUUUUUCAAAACGUUUUUUGCCUCUCUCUUGCCAGAAAGUCCUCCAGCUGCUGCAAACUAACCCCCUCUGGAUAGUCUGCAGUUGGACAGGUCGAAGCGGACCCACGAAACUCCAGCUUUAACUUUCCUCAGAAGUACAGGCCGUCAGCCAAACGACCAAAAAAACAAAAACCAAGGCUCUUAUUGUCUUGUGACUAAGCAAAUGCAAAAAAAAAAAGGAUCUUGAAGCCAUGACCCAAGUUCAUAAACUUAGCAUCCCAUAUUUUUAUUCCAAAGGACUUUAGUAUGUGUGUAGUUCCACUGGUAUCUUAUGCAGAAGGCCUUAGUUUGCAUUGUUGUGCCUGAGGUGCACCCAAGGGUGUUGUGAGUGUGUAAAUUUGUACAUAGAUGCAAUAGAAGCAGAAUGAUUCUGCCAGAGCGGUUUGAUUCCUGUUGGAAUGUUUUAAUGUGGUUUUAAAUUACACUAAGUGUAGUAUUUUUGUAUAAUCAUUGAAAUGGCCAGACCUUGCUAGCAGGGCUUUUUCUAGGGAAGAUUUAUGUUGAAAUUGCUUUAAAAACAUAGUACAUUAUCUUUAAGGAGAAUUUAUGGCGAUGGAAUCCCAAGUUGGGUUUCCUAGAAAGUAGUCUUCCUAUAAAUUAAGCUUAAAUUGUUUGAGGUUUUAAAAUGAAUGUGACUAUUACAGAAUAGUGCAUUCAUAGGGUGAGUUGCUGACAGCAUUUUAAAUACCUUGGGUUUGUUUAAUUCUUGGUUUUUGUUUUUUUUUAAACAGCCCUUUAGACUACAAGUAAUUAGACAUUGUAAAACCAGACUGUGUAUAUUAUUUCUAAAAAUAAACGUUUGGCUAUAGUCAGUU